AUUUUAGUUAAAAAAUAAACUAUUGUACCACAAGUAUUCAAGAAUAGAGUUACACUGUUAGCAGUCGCAUUCAGGAACAACGAUCUUUGGCACGGCGGACGGCGACGACCCCUCCAACUCCCCCACCUUGAUAUCGCCGCUGCUACGCUGUUAUCACCAUUCGAAGCCAUGAGAUCUCUUCUUACCCGCCUCUUCACCUCAACUCACAUUGUCAUGGCCUCGUCUUCCUUCUCUUCCUCUCCAUCUCGGCGGUUGGUCCACCUCACACGCCAUCUCGUCUCCUCUUCUUCCGGCGAGCUUUCCUCAGUCGGCGCCCCCGCCGCUGCCGCCUCAGAUGCCGACCCCGUGAAAAGCCCACGCUCCACUGCCUCCAGGGUUCACGCCGCGGUGCUGGUCUGCCUCUUCGAGGACCCUAGCAGUGGGCCACGGGUCCUGCUUACAAAGCGCGCUUCCUCCCUCUCCUCCCACUCCGGGGAGGUGUCGUUACCCGGAGGGAAGGUGGACGAUGGAGACGCAGAUCCGAAGGCCACAGCUCUACGGGAGGCGAAGGAGGAGAUUGGACUGGAUCCGGCGCUUGUUUCUGUUGUUACAGUUCUUGAGCCUUUCCUAUCAAAGAAUGGCCUCACUGUUGUUCCUGUCAUUGGUAUGGUCCCAGAUAAAGCCUUAUACAAGCCUGUCUUGAAUAAAGCUGAAGUGGAGGACAUCUUUGACGCACCUCUGGAGAUGUUUCUAAAGGACGACCACCGGAGGACAAGACAGAUGAACUGGAUGGGCAUAGAUAUCCCCGUCCAGUUUUUCGACUACGAGGCAGAUGGCAAGAAGUUCGUGAUUUGGGGCUUGACUGCGCACAUCCUGACACGCGCAGCGGCAGUCAUUUUCGGGAGGAAACCAUCAUUCGUCGAGCUUCCCAGACCCAAAUAUGCAGGUGCACCUGUUGCUGGCACUGGCAAGUCGAAUCUCUGAUGGAGCAUAAGCUGGAUGUAAGGGGCCUCUUUGGGUUUGGAACUUGGUGCAUGAACCUUGUGAUUGUAGAAUUAUAUAUGUUUCUCACUAUGUGAUGGCUGGGGAAGGUACCGAAAAUUGCUUGGUAUAUUUAUCUACAGAAUAUAAGAUACAUGCUCAACUGUAUUUUGAGUGUAGCACAGCAGACAAUAUUGGCACACUUGGUGGAUGGUGCUUUGUAAAAAAGAAUGUAUACAAUGAACUCCAGAAAGUAUACUGUCUUGAAACUGAAGCUUGUGCUUGCUGUCA